CUCAAAGCCACGUCAAGAGAUCUUCCGAUAUUUUCGUCGACCCCGGCGAAUAUUCCCGUGAGAGGCCCCUUCAGACCGUCACCAGACUCCAAAACUCCGUACAAUCAUGUUGUACCUGCCCACUAUGUGGUGGAUGAGACCCCAAGGUGCUGUUGGAUCGGAUCGGUAGAUCUGGCCGUGGUAUUCAGCACCUCAAACAUCCAUAUCUACGGCUGCAAGGCAUCUCGCUGGCACGGACGACUUUGCCAAAUUACUGAUUUGCCCCUGGAACCCUCAGUGACAACGAAACCACAAGGCUGUGCUGCUACUAUUGGUACUGGGUCAUCACAAAUGCUACCGUCAAUACCAGAUCGAGGACAAUAUUGCGCAGAUUGAGGGUCUCUUUUGAGACAAAAAUGCCGAAUGCUCCCUCCUCGAGCGAAAGAUCUUGUGCGAGGCUGGGUAUCGGCACCCAAUGUUCGAGGCACAAGUGACAUAUUGUACGGCAGCCUUGCAACCACCUGGCUUUGCACCUGGACAUGCCUCUGUCUGAAUAUACCCCCACAAGAAAGUCGCCGAGGAUGGCGAUCUCUUUUCUACAAAUUCCGGUGGCAGCUCUUCACCAUAUUCUUCCCCGAAGUCCUGGUGGCUACGGCCAUGGAACAGUGGUUGUCCGCACACCAGUCGGUCAAGGUAUUCCACAGGCUGGGCCAUCCCGAGUGGACCACACGCCAUGGCUUCUACGCAGAUAUGGGCGGUAUCCUCAUCGCUCCACGAGACUAUCCUGCCUUUCCGGUUGACAGCCAACAACUGGCCUACCUCAUUGAACACAAAAGUUUGGUCUUGCCAGAGAUACCCGCGCUGGAAAUUCAGGCUCUGAACAAAGCAGACGGGUUAGCACGUUUGGUGACGCUCAUCCAGAUGACCUGGUUCUGCAUCUCUUUCAUAGCCCGUGGUGCUACCGGCCUGGGAUACUCAACACUCGAAGUCACCACGCUGGCAUUCAUAAUUUGCACGCUUCACACCUUCUCCUUCUGGUUCUACAAGCCUCUUGACCCACAAUCACAGCGCGUGGUGCCCAUUGAUGCCAACAUUAAUCAACUCUGCGAGCGACCGAUCUCGGAUACGGGUUCGAAGACCAAUCCUGCCGUCACCGUCACCGCCAACACCGCCACCACGGCCCUCAUCGCUAGUACCACGCUCAUUGCCAGUACUGCCGCUGCUCCGGCAGUAACCUCUGCCUGCGCUGAGCCUUACUCACGGACUCCACUCGACUUCGUCAAGCCCGCGCCUGACCCGAAGAGUCUGACGAUUCCGUUCUGGUACGGCUUCUCGGUCGUCUUCUUCUACAACCAAAGAGCCAAACAGAGGCCCGCACAGACCAUGCCAAACAGCAUCACCCUCCCGCCCGGCGGCCUCACCAUGGGAGUGACGCUCUACACGAUGAUGUUCCAGCUCAUGUAUCACGGGCUCCAUCUCGGCUUCGCCUGGCUGGCCGCGUUCCCCUCGCGGACCGAGUUCUACCUCUGGCUCGUGUCCAGUGGCACCGACUUCGUCCUGAUCCUGCUCUACUGCUUCGCGGCGCCGAUUGGUGCUUACAACACCCGUUUGCUGGGCCGGUACUUUUUCAAGCACGAAGCCACCAGCAUCCCCGAGCUCGCGAACAUGUUGCCGCCGUGGGUCAAAGUCCUCAUGCACGGGCCCUUCGUCAUUGUGUACAUGGCUGCGAGGGCCAUCGUGCUGGCCGAGUCGCUCGCCAGCCUCCGAGCACUGCCCGCAUCCGUCUACCAAGACAUCAACUGGCCUAACUUCCUGCCUCACGUGUGAAAGCGAGGCCGUAGAAACAACCUGUAUGCCAAUCUGUUCAGCCAAACCGGGUUUCAUGCCCUCCUUUCACGACCGUUUCUCUCAUUCUUUUCCAGAUAUGCCAGACCUGGACUACCUCUCCGCUGCUAAUGGAGCCCACACUCGAGGAGAGAAGCAGGGAAAGCCAUGCAAGCAACCGAUGAGACACCACGAGAGCCCCGGUCUGAUCAUUCCACUGCGUUACGCCUUCCCUUUCCUCAAACUAGAGAUAGUCCAUCUUUGAUCUCAGGGGAGCUAUGUAUGGAAGAAUAGCAUCGUAUUUCUUGAGACGAUUCCGGGAAUCCAUCUCUGACUAGACAGAAUGGGAAGUUUGACGGGAUGAAGCAAGGGCCUUGAUCGAAAGCGGCAUGGUCCUGUGAAGAUAUGCUCUCGUUAUGCUCGUUCUGCAUUCCCAGGAUUGCCACUUUCGUCUUUUGAUAGGGACAGCCUGAUUGUGGGAUGGUCUGAAACACAAUCAAAGGUGUCCGUGGCGGUGUGCCACACUGCCUGCUGAUUAGUCCACCUUCUUCAAACACUUUCAACUGCAUGGAGUACGAAUAGCGCUGUCAGCACGAUCAGACAAGGGGUGACAGUGGAAAGAGGCGAAAGAGGUGAAAGUGGUUAUGGCUUUUUGACUCGGCUCGCUAAAUGUCAAGUGACGAUGUGUCCAAUCCGACCAUCUAUGACCCUUUCAAAGCUUUCACUUCCGCAACCAGUUCUG